GUUCAUGUUCAUCAUGGUGAUCAUCUUGACCGCCUUCCUGUGUGGGAUGAACAACGUCUACGUCCACUACCAAGACUCUGAGAAGCUGGGGAGCUUCAACGAGACAUUCCAGUUCCUCUUCUGGACCAUGCUUGUGGAGAAACACGAUGUGGUGGACAUGCCCAAUUUCUUCGUAGCUCAGCUGGUGGGGAGGGUGCUGUAUGGGGUCUUCACCAUCGUCAUGGUGGUUGUCCUCCUCAAUAUGCUCAUUGCCAUGAUUACAAGGUCCUUCCAGAAAAUCGAGGUGAGUGCUGAACCAGGGGCGAGACCUUGUAAUCAUGGCAAUGAGCAUAUUGAGGAGGACAACCACCAUGACGAUGGUGAAGACCCCAUACAGCACCCUCCCCACCAGCUGAGCUACGAAGAAAUUGGGCAUGUCCACCACAUCGUGUUUCUCCAUCCCAAGCAUGGUCCAGAAGAGGAACUGGAAUGUCUCGUUGAAGCUGCAUGGGAGAAGGGAUAG